CAUCAAAACUCUCUCUCUCUCUCUCUCUCUCUCUCUCUCUCUCUCUCUUACUACAGUACUAAGUCUUGUGUGUUAAACUUCAUUUUUAUUUUGGUGAGAAAUGAGAGCGGUGAACCAAGCAAGCGGGCCAUCGGGCCUUGAUUGGGACGGUGCUUCACGACGCCCAUUAGGCCUUGUCCAUGCUUUCUUCUACCACUUCUGCUCUGCUAUUUCUUCUUGCUUCUAUGUCUUCUGUUGUUGCUGGCUUCUUGAGGACUGCCUUGUAGGCCGACGUAGUUUCCCCAGCCCUGCUUUCGGUUUUGGAUCUCCGGAGCCACCGCCACCGCCACCUCCUCAUAUUGGGCCUCCACCUCACGGGUUAUUGGGCUCUUCCUACGGCCCACCCGGUUACCCUGGCGAUCGCGGCCCUUUCUGAUUAUGUUCACGAGUUCACUGAAAUAAAUGUUGUCUUAUUGUCUGCCUCUGCUUUUUCUUUUUCUGGCAUUUGUUCCUAUUCAAUAAAAUGAAAUCUUUGGUAUCUA